AUGCAUACCUGCAGGUUUCCAACCUGGAAAGAACUCCAGGAUAAGCACAGCAGCAGAAGAACCACCACAACGACGACAAUCACGACAACCAAAUACGGCACCACCAACAACACCAGCAGUUACGAUGGCGACAACGACGAUGACGUCAUUUACACCAGGAACAGCGGUGCGGCUAACAGUAGCGGCAGCCGGCUCGACUACGACUACAUCCGGUCCGCCCUCUCUCCGAGGCCCUCCCUAGUGUCCACCUACCCCACGUCAUUCUCCCACCACUACAUCCCGAAGCCCCUCACCUAUGAAUCCACCCCACUACCCCCGUACUCAUCACCCACCAUGUCAUCUGCCUUUGAUGGGCUUAGAAAGAGAGAGUCUACCUUUGAUGCCGAGAGGUAUAAAUACAGAGUCGAUCGUGAUUCGUCGAGAAGAAAGAAGGUCAUCCAAUCGGGAAGAAGGGGCUGGUCCGGUGCUAUGAUCCUAUUGGUCGGACUGCUUUUCAUUGGAAUCAUCGCAUUUGUGGUGGCGUUUUUGUACUAUUUUGAGCUGAAUCCAAAUCUGCCUUUACUGGUUUGAGGUCGAUGGCUGGUUUUUUUUAUCUGUGGUUGGGUGAAUUAUGUGACGGAUGAAUUAUGAAAUGGGUGAAUUAUGAAGUGGGUUGUGGAAUGCAUUAUCAGUGAAUUAUGAAAUGAAUUGAUCAUGUUUAUACGAUGGCAGACAGCAAUAAUGGAAUAAUUAUGCUAGCUUUAUAUUAGUCUUGAUUAAUAUUUGUUUAUCUAAUUAUGUAUUGAAUUAAUUAAUUAAUUAAUUAUUGAGGUUUCCGUCAUAAUUCAGAAAUUAAAAAUUAUCAAAUGACUGACAGAUAAUAAUAAUAACUUUUUAUUCUUAACAAGUAAGACAGCAUCUUAUUAUUAUUAUUCAUAUUAUUAUUUAUAAUAUAUUAUUAUUCAUAAUAUUCAUAUUAUUAUUCAUAAUAUUCAAAUUUAUCAUUCAUAAUAUUCAUAUUAUUAUUCAUAAUAUUCAUAUUAUUAUUUAUAAUAUUCAAAUUUAUUAUUACAAUUAGUCUUUUGAUCUUUGAGGACUUUUCGUCUGAUGUCCGUCACGUUGUUUCUACUUCUGCCUGCCUUUAUCAUUUCCUUUAUCAGAAUUAAUGAAUGAAUUAAUUCUUAUUAGUAAUUCAUUCAAUGAUGAUUUGUGGACCAACGAAUAGAGAUUGAUUGAUAGAUACGUAGUUUGAUUGUUGGAUAUAUAGAUAGGUAGAUAGAUAGAUAGAUAGAUAGAUAGAUAGAUAGAUAGAUAGAUAGAUAGAUAGAUAGAUAGAUAGAUAGAUAGAUAGAUAGAUAGAUAGAUAGAUAGAUAGAUAGAUAGAUAGAUAGAUAGAUAGAUAGAUAGAUAGAUAGAAUUUUUUUCUUUGUGUUUUAUGAUAUUCCAAAACGAAAUGUUUUUUUAACGAUUUCAAGCAACAAUUGGGCGUGUUUUAAAAUUAUUAUCUUUUGAAAAAUGUUCGCUUUUCUCAAAAAAGUUAAAUUCGUCGGCUUUUGAUAUUAUUUUUUAAACUUUCAGUUCGCCUUUGUCUUAUUAAUAAUAAUUAAUUGAUAAUUAAUUUUCUUACUAAUUAUUUAUUAAUCAUAAUUAUUUAAUAAUUAUUAAUGAUCAAUUGUCUUACUAAUAAUUUAUUAAUAUUAAUUAAUCAAUAAUGAUUAAUUAUCUAAUUGAUAAUCUUUUAAAUGAGAUGAAAGUCGUUCCUUGAUCGACUGACUCAGGGCUACGAGCUUGCAUUUUUGUGUGUUGUAAUGUACCUUGUUGUUUGGCCACUACCGCGACUGCACUGAAUUAUUAUUCAGUGAUUCUACGUUACGUUGUGUCAUUAACCUUGAAAAACUCUCAAAUGGAUAAUUUUAUUCGUUUUGGCUUUCGCCUGACACCUGGAUGACUAUGGACAUAAAUGAUUGAUAUUGUUAUUAUUGUGUUUUAUUAUUAUUAUUAUUAUUACAUUCAUUCAUUCAUUCAUCUAUCCAUUCAUCAAUUCAUUCAUCUAUCCAUUCAUCCAUUUAUUAGUUCAUUCAUUCAUUUGAUCAUCUCGUAGUUUAUUUAGUGGAUAUCCAUUAAUUUAUUUAAAUGGAUUUUUAUUGUAUUUGAAAUUACGUUCGUUUUUUAUACAUAUAUACAUACAUACAUACAUAUAUGUAUGGAUAUGUACAGUAUUGUGUGAAUUCUACGAUGAGUUCAUACAAUGCUGUAUAAGAUAUAGUCUCUUUCCAACAUUUAUAUGCAUAUAUAUAUAUAAACACACAAUUUAUAUGUAUAUAUAUAUAUACAUAAUUUAUAUGUAUAUAUAUAUAAAUGCGUGUUAUUUACUUGAUUUUAUGACUCCAUGAUUGAAUAAGAUUGUUGGUAAGUUUUUGUCAUCAAAUUUACAACAGUGUAUCAAUAUGUUAAUAUAUACAUAAAUAUGUACGUGUGUGUAUAUGUGUGCGUG